ACCUCGCCACCUGAGGCCAGGUGAUUUCCAAGUUCUUCUACAACAAAAACCUAUUAUAAGGUCUGACCGAGCUUCACCACGUGUUCCCCCAACUUUCCGAAGAUGGGAAUAAUGUCCUCUUGUUUGACAAGCCAACAAGACGGAGCCCCAUUCCCAACAAACAUAAGGAGGUAACGUAAGCUCUUCGAUCAUUAAACUUUGGUGGACACCCAACAGCUUCACACCAGGAUGGUCUGUAGAUAAUAAGCCUUCGCCGUGGUCCAGAGGCUUCAGCCAUGUGUCAGAUAUUCCUCUGCAGCCGGCAGACCAUGCUAGGAGUCGCCCUGUCCCUGGGCUACUUCGUAUAUCUCUUCGUGGGCGCCAUGAUGUUUCAGAUUCUGGAGAAACAAGCCGAAGCCAAUUCCAGGGAUAAGUUCCAGCUUGCCAAACUUAGCUUCCUUCAGAAUUACACCUGCCUGGACGCGGGGGCAAUCGAACAAUUUGUACAGAUCAUUACAGAGGCCUGGGAGAAAGGACUGAACCCCAAAGGGAACGCCAGCAACCCCAGCAACUGGGACUUCAGUAACUCCUUCUUCUUCGCUGGGACCGUCAUCACUACUAUAGGUUACGGACAUUUGUACCCGAGUACGACGGCUGGACAAAUCUUUUGUGUCUUCUACGCUUUGUUUGGGAUUCCGCUCAAUGUGGCCUUUCUGAACGCGGUCGGGAGAGGACUGAACGCCCAUCUGGUGGCGCUGGGCCGGUGUGCGCAGGAUCCCGGAGGAUCGGGGGUGAUGAAGGUGACAGUGAGGGGUCUCUUCCUUAUUACCGGCUCCUUUCUCUUCCUCAUCUUCCCUCCAAUGGUCUUCAGCUAUGUGGAGGGCUGGAGCUUCUGUGAAGGAUUCUACUUCGCUUUUACUACACUCAGCACCAUCGGAUUUGGGGAUUAUGUAGUAGGAAAGGACCCCAAUAAACACUACAUAUCGAUGUACAGAAGUUUAGCCACACUGUGGAUUAUAUUCGGCCUGGCCUGGCUGGCUCUGGUGCUCAAUGUGGUCGCAGAAUUAGUGGAAAAACUGAUAGAAUGGCGGAUGCUGAAAAGGGAGGUCAUUAAGGAGGAAACCGCCGUGCAGAAAGUUGAAGAUCACCCGAUCCACAUCCACCACAGAAUUCGGAUGUAGAACAUGACGUGGAACCUCUCCGAAACCCUUCAACAGACGGCUAACAAUGAAAAUCCCGAGAACUGGAGACAUCGCUAAGUCACUAGUGGACCUAGAAAAAAAAAACUGGAGCUGGAGACACAGAACUUUUAAAUAUGGCGGCUUCUUCUUCACGUCGUAUUACCAAUAAUCUGAGCCUGCUGUUGUCUCUCUUGCCCUUAACUAAGAAUUUUUUCUUGGCUGUUGAGCUCUGGGAUUGGACUAACUGGUUCCUGAACUCUACAAGAAUUUGCGCCCCACCCCUCAUCCAUACGGUAUAGACAAGGCUAGUAAUAUAGGACAGUCUGAAUAUUAGGAAGAGAUGAUGGAUCAAUACAACCAAUAUUGUGGAUGAGAAAUUUGAGGCGCGGACACGUUCUCCUCCGAUGUUCGUAGAAGAGAACUCUACGGAGUUUCACCUGCUCGGCAUAUUGUACCAAUAUGAUAAUUUUCUCCGAGCUCUGAUAGUUACACUGUAUCAUACGAGAUCAUGUAAUAUAAUACAGAACAAUGUAAUAUAAGGUUGUAUGUGAUAUGUUUGUAGAAUGUUCCAGACAGAUUACUAGAAGUGUAAAUGUUAUUUUUUUUUAAAAAAGUGUAGAUAAUGAUUGGAGGCUGAAUGGGAAUUCUGGAAUUUGUAGGUCCACAAAGUGGCACACACAUGCUCAGCCUCACCUUACACAGAGGUUUCCCGACAAAUGAGACAAAACUCUAAGAACCAGCCAACAGAGUGACCACCACUUGGGCUAGUAAACCUUCCUCACACACAAUAGCUGUCACUGCAUGUUUUAAUGGAAACACACUGUUUAUAGAAUUUGCUUUAACCAUUGUGAUCUUUAAAAUUGUCUGUAUGACUUGCUGCCACGCUCAGACAGGUCUGUAACAGACUGACCUUUACAUAUACCUGUAUCACUCGCUGCCAUACUUAAGUAGGAAUAUAACAGAAUGACCCCUACACCUUUCCUAUAUCACUCGCUGCCACACUCAGAUAGGAAUGUAAGAGACUGACCUUUACAUAUAUCUGUAUCACUCGCUACCACAUUUAGACAGGAUUGUAACAGACUGACUUUUACAUAUACCUGUAUCACUUGCUGCCAUGCUCAGACAGGAAUGUAACAAAAUGACUUUUACAUAUACUGUAUCAUUUUGCUGCCACACUCAGAUAGUAAUGUAAGAGACUGACCUUUACAUAUAUAUCUGUAUCACUCGCUACCACAUUUAGACAGGAUUGUAACAGACUGACCUUUACCUAUACCUGUAUCACUCACUGCCAUACUCAGAUAGGAAUGUAACAGAAUGGCCUUUACAUGUACUGUAUAACUCACUGCCACGCUCAGAUAGGAUUGUAACAGACUGACCUUUACAUAUACCUGUAUCACUUGCUGCCAUGCUCAGACAGGAAUGUAACAAAAUGACUUUUACAUAUAUUGUAUCACUCGCUGCCAUGCUCAGAUAGGAAUGUAAGAGGCUGACCUUUACAUAUACCUGUAUCACUCACUGCCACGCUCAGAUAGGAAUGUAGCUUUACUACAUAAAGCUAUAUAAGUGGAGGCAGAGGAAAACCUUGCAUUGUCUGAGGUGUAAGCAAUCUCCGGCUGACCCGAUCCAUAUUUUGUGGAAAUGCCCCAAGCUGGUCAGAUAUUGGCAAGAGGUGGUGACCAGAUAGGAAUGUAACAGACUGACCUUUACAUAUAUCUGUAUCACUCGCUGCCACACUCAGAUAGGAAUGUAACAGACUGACCUUUACAUAUACCUGUAUUACUUGCUGCCAUUCUCAGACGGGAAUGUAACCAUAGAAAAGGGGUAUCCCACUAAUUACACAAGGGGACUUUUAAGGCAACUGGUAAACAGAAUAUAUUUAUAAAAUAAAGUUUAUUUAAACAUUAAUACAAUUUGGUGCAUACAUCACCAUGUAUCAACAUGUUAAAAUGGUGUAACCGAACUGAAUAGGAUAAGGUUGUUCUCCUGGUAUUGUGACAACGCGUUUCAGGACCUGUGAAGAGUGUAUCACUUGCUGAAGUGCUCAGACAGGAUUGUAACAGACUGACCUUUACAUAUACCUGUAUCACUCGCUGACACUCUCAGAUAGGAAUGUAACAGAAUGACCUUUACAUAUACCUGUAUCACUCGCUGCCACGCUCAGAUAGGAAUGUAACAGACUGACCUUUACAUAUACCUGUAUCACGGUUUAAAAAAAAAAGAAAUGGUGCAGGAAAUAUUUACAGAAAAGAUAUUACAACAUAGACAUAAUCAACUGUAAAAUAAAAAGGUUUAAAAACGAAAAAAAUACACUACAUUGCAGAGUUUGGCACACUUGAGGUUUAAAUCCAAUCUCAUGUUUCAAUAGCCAUUAUUUGCCCUCAUAAUUGACUUGGUAUUCCUGUAGAGCUUCAAUAGUCAAACAAGAGCUCCCAGUCACGCAUGCAGCCACUUGUGCUUGUUCUGGGCAAAGGGUUGAAGAGUUAAUCCCGCUCGAUCAAAGGUUUGAGGGGUUUGUCAAUUGAUGUGCUGGGGUGUUGGGUGCGGCAAGCCUGGGCUGUUUAGGGUCAGCUUUAGUUGGGCUCCUGGCAGGGCCCCCUGGAAAGGUUGACGGGGCUCUGUAGCUUACGCAUGUUUUUGCAAAAUGUGUGCAAACGGAAACCCCUGUUUUUACGCAUACUUUUAGGAUAAUUUGGUUGCUUGCAGGCUGGUCGGUAAGUUGACCUGGGAAUUGCUUUGGUUUGGUUUUGCAUGCGUUGCCCUUCCAUAUGCUCCUUGCUGCAAAGGCCAAUUUAUAGGUGAGGACAUUGGCCAUGUGUUCGCACCCAUAGAAGGGUUCCUCCUAUGGCUCUCGCUACACUGCACUCCACCAUCCAACUCACAAAAGCUGCUCCCUCCUCCACCCUUAAUGUCAACUAUCCUGUUUAAGGAUCCAUAGGACAAUAUUUCAAAAUCCAAAUCAGACAGUUACCAGAAUGAAAUAUUAAGUUAUCAGAGGCAAAACUUAAUUUGGUCUCUGAUAUAUAUCACAUGUACUGUAUAUUUCUUUAAGUCUAAUGUGUUUUAUUAGCUUUCUGGACAGUGUAAUAUAGGCAUGUUUUGGUGUUUAACUGAGUGAUAUCGUCUUAUACAUGAGUGUAGCAACUUUUUAGAAGGGUAACUUUAUUACAGCAGGAUUUAUGGAAACUGUAUAGUGUAUGAAUGUAGAAUAAAUGUCUAAAUUAGCCUUUGGGCUAGUUCAUGUUUUAAUGUU